AUGAUCCUUUUUACUCUGAAUUUGAUAGGAAUGACCUGCGGCGCAUGCGUCUCAGCAAUCGAAUCUAAUCUAUCAAACAAACCUGGCAUUCAUUCAAUCUCAGUAGCUCUCUUGGCCGAAAAAGCAAUCAUCAAUUAUGAUUCCACUCUCUGGUCUUCUCAAUCACUCAUUGAAGCAAUAGAUGAUACAGGCUUUGAUGCUGAAUUGAUUCAAGAUGUUCCCACCGUUACCCCUAAUUCUCAAUCUACAAAUCUUCCUCAUACUUUACAACUCAAGGUGUUGGGAAUGACUUGUGCUUCUUGUUCUUCAACUAUCGAACGACAAAUCGGUUCAUUGGAUGGGAUUCAGCAAGUUUCUGUGGCUCUUUUGGCUCAAAGUGCUGCUAUCCAAUAUCUUCCUUCAACCUUAACCAUCACCUACAUCCGCUCCCUUCUCCCACUUCGGACAGUAGUUGACCACAUCUCCAGCGAAGGUUAUGACCCAAUCGUAGGCUCAUCAGACAUGGCAUCAAAUUCCAUUCAACUUCAAUCUUUAUCCCGGACCAAAGAAGUCAAAGAAUGGAGGACUGCAUAUCGUUCAGCUGCCAUCUUCGCUGUCCCUGUCUUUUUACUUCAAAUGGUUUUCCCAAUGCUUUCACCCUCAAAUCCGAUCCGCGCCCUUCUCAUCGAACCCAAAGUAUUCCUACAUGGUUGGUAUCUAGGAGAUUGGCUUUGUUUCUUCUUGACUCUACCAGUUCAAUUCGGUAUUGGCAAGAGGUUUUACAAAUCGGCUUUCAAAUCACUUAAACAUCGAUCAGCUACGAUGGAUGUUCUAGUUGUCAUUGGCACUACAGCAUCCUUCUUAUUCUCAACCGUUGCUCUCUUAUCAUCACCUCUCUUAAUUAAACUGAAAUCUGUUCAAGCCACUUACCAUCCUACCACUUUCUUCGAUACUUGUACUAUGCUCAUCACAUUUGUUACGUUUGGACGAUACCUUGAAAACUUAGCCAAAGGACAAACUUCUACUGCUUUAUCUAAACUUAUCUCUCUCAGUCCGACUUCUGCUACCCUUUACACCGAUUCAUCUUGCACUAUUGAACGAAAAUUACCUACGGAACUUAUCGAAGUAGGCGAUACACUCAAAAUUAUACCAGGUGAUAAGAUUCCAGCUGAUGGUACCGUGGUUCGGGGUGAAAGCUCUGUUGAUGAGAGUAUGAUCACUGGAGAAGUGGUACCAGUGACGAAAUGUACCGGUGAUAAUGUCAUUGGAGGAACUGUUAAUGGGACAGGAACCUUUGACAUGUUGGUCACUAGAGCUGGGUCUGAUACCGCCUUAUCUCAAAUUGUCAAAUUAGUAGAAGAAGCACAAACCUCGAAAGCUCCGAUUCAAGCCUUUGCGGAUACUGUUGCUGGAUACUUUGUACCCACUGUUUUGAUUCUUGGUGUAUUGACUUUUAUUGGAUGGAUGAUUAUUUCAAACACCAGGUUGAUUGAAUAUAUACCACCAUUGAAACAUUUAUUCAUCAUGAACUCAAAUGGGAACGGUAGUAGUGGAGGUAAAUUCAUGACAUGCUUAAAGUUAUGCAUCUCAGUUAUUGUAGUAGCGUGCCCUUGUGCUCUUGGACUUUCGACUCCGACGGCUGUGAUGGUUGGAACAGGAGUAGGAGCUGAAAAUGGAAUUUUGAUUAAAGGUGCCGGGCCAUUAGAAGCGGCCAAUCGGAUCGACUCUAUCAUACUCGAUAAGACUGGAACCAUUACUGUUGGUAAAUUAGAAGUAGUCGGAAUUGCAUGGAACACACAUCAGCAAAUUGACGAUAAGAGGAAAAAGAUGAUCAUCAAGGCUAUUACCGCUGCCGAGUCAAAAAGUGAACAUCCUUUGGCGAACGCUGUGACUAGGUUUGGAAUGAAACAUUUAGGAUGGAUCGAUCGAGUUUCAUCAAAGGUUCAAGUUGGUUCGUUUGAAAGCGUGACAGGUAAAGGUGUGAGAUGUAAGGUAACGAUUGAUUUAUCAGAAACAGAUAAGAAGGAUGAUAAGGUGGAAACCUUGGACCUUUUAAUUGGUAGUCUUGGAUUCAUGAAUGAAGAAUUAGAUGAUAAAUCAAAAGGAACACAAUCGAUUAGAUUAGAUGAAGCAUCAGAAAAAUUUAUGAUUGAUGAAGAAUCAGAAGGACAUACUUGUAUACAUGUCACUGUCGAUAGAUCAUCGAUUUGUAUUUUAUCAUUAGCAGAUACCAUCAAACCUGAAGCAGCACAAGCCAUAGAAGCCUUUAGGUUUAUGGGAAUGUCAGUGACGAUUGUAACAGGAGAUCAAAGCAGAACAGCCAAUGCGAUAGCCAAAUCGAUUGGAAUCUCACCUUCUGAAGUUUAUUCAAACGUAUCACCUAAUGGAAAAAAAUCGAUUGUUGAAAGAUUACAGAAAUCAGGAAAGAAAGUAGCUAUGGUAGGAGAUGGAAUUAAUGAUUCACCUGCUCUUGCUAUUUCGGAUUUAGGAAUCGCUUUGAGUUCAGGUACUGAUAUUGCUAUGGAAGCGGCUCAAAUAAUCUUAAUGAAAUCUAAUUUAUUAGAUGUAGUGGCUGCAAUUGAUCUUUCUAGAAGAGUGUUUAGACAAAUCCGUCUCAAUUUCUUAUGGGCAAGUGUUUAUAAUCUGAUUGGAAUUCCAUUAGCUAUGGGAUUCUUUUUACCAUGGGGAAUUCAUUUACAUCCGAUGAUGGCAGGUGCAGCCAUGGCUUGUUCAUCCGUUUCAGUCGUUUGUUCUUCUUUAACUCUUAGAUGGUGGAAACGACCGAUUUAUUCCAUUAAGUUUGAUGAUCAAGAAUCGAGUGAAAAGAAGCGUUGGAGUUGGAAUUGGUUAAAGAGUUUGAGAAUUGGUGGGGAUUCUAAACGGAUUGGAAAACGUAUGGGUCAGGGUCAGGAAGAUGGGUAUUUACCGGUUAGGUUGGAUGAUUUGGAACUUGAGGAAUUACAGAUGAUGGAAAUUUGA